AUGGAGGAGUACAACUUAGCUAGCCACCGGUGGUUCACCAAAUUGUAUUGUGAGCGGGAGUUUUGGAUUCCAGCGUACUUCACAGACAUCCCGAUGAGUGGGUUGCUCCGCACUACGUCUCGAUCUGAAGCAGAGAAUGGCGUCUACGGGAAGUGCACCCGGCCACACUUUAGUCUGGUCGAGUUCUACAUGCAGUACAAGACCGUUUUGGAAACUCAGCGUCUUAAGCAAUCUAAACUGCACUCACAAAGUGAGGGGUACUUGCCUGAUUUGAAAACGCCCUUAGCGUUGGAACGUUAUUUGGCACGGGUAUUCACAAUAACGAUUUUAUAUGAUCUCCAAAAGGAGAUUGAGGCUGCUUGUUUCUAUUGCAAGGUGGUGGGUAUUCGUGAGAUUGAGGGUGUUAUCAGUUACAUCAUUACCGGGGGUUGCACCACGCAAUACACUGUGAACUAUACCCCUAUCGAUGGCAAUGCAUCUUGUAGUUGUAAGAUGUUUGAGAGGUUGGGGCUAGUUUGCCGGCAUAUGUUCUUGGUGUUUAGGGAUGCCCAAAUGGAGAGGUUGCAACCGGCGUGUGUGAUGACACGCUGGUGUAAGGGAAUUGGAGUUAGCGUUUGUUGUGGGCGGUGUGACGUCCAUCCGUCCGAGACUGUUCCUAGCCAACUAUGGAGUGAGAUACACGCAUGCGUCGGGUUAGCAGGGAAUAAUAUAGCCCAUCAGUCAUGA